GCUCAUGUCUUGGUUUCAGUCUCUGAGGGAUGACUUCACUCUGAAGCCGUUUGAGAUCCAACACACACACUGACUACCCGACACUCCGAGGACUUGUACUAUACUUCCGAAGCCAGGAUUAGACAGGGGAAGAAGUCCUUUUCCUGUUUUUGAAGACACAUGUGACCCUGAUUCAUUUCAGAAGGACAUUCAUGUUGUUCUAAAUUUCUACCUAUUAAUAUUGAGCUUCUGGUGUGGUGUUCCGAACCUGCUGUGAGACAAGCAGGGCUGCCCGUUGGAAUUGGCCGUCCUUCAUCAAGCGUCUGAUCUCUGGAGAAAUGUCUGAAGUCUGACUUCAGUGGAGCUCCGAAGGGGGAGGAACCUCACAGGAUGGUUUGACUUUGAAGAGAGAGUCAUCUACGCUCGUGUCCUGCAUCUUCUCUGCUGCAAAGAGAGAGAAGUCGUUGGUUUUCAGGAAGGAGACGUAGACUGGUGUGGAAGUAAACCACCAGGUGUUGGAUGUGAGGGUUUCAUAUUCCACAGACCAGGGAAAAAACUUCUUUUUUUUUACAAAGACUGAGGACUUUUCAAGCUUUUGUUCCACGUCAGUGUUACAGCAUGGCUGGGAUGUAUGGAUGCUUCAAGGGCGGGAACAGUGACAGUGCUGCUUUGGCAUCCGGACCUCCAGAUGUGAUGGCCAAUCAGGAGCCUGCCGAGGUCCAGGAGGAGUGCUCAGGAAAGAAAAAGUCCAAGUUCCAGACGUUCAAAAAAUUAUUUGCCAGGAAGAAAAGAAAGGAGCCGUCAGCGGCGGGAGCAGAGGCGGGCCUUAAAGCCAGCCAAUCAACUGACGAUGUCAGCAAAACAUCAGAGAACAACGCUCUCACCCGAGCAGAGAAGGAUAAGGGCUCUGGGUCAAAGAUCAGCCUGGGAAAUAAGGCCUUGUCCCACGACUCUGUCUUUGUUUCUGACUCAUCGGAGGCCAACGAGGCUCUGGGGGCAUCUCAGGACAGCAUUCACGGGAAAGUGAAAUCACUACAGCUCCAGUUGAAACAGGCCAUGAGACUGGGCUCUCCUCCAUCCCUGAUGUGCGUGAAGCGGACAGAGGAUGCUGGAACCAUGUCUGAGGAUGAUGGUCUGCCCUGCAGUCCACCUGAAUACACCACUCUUCACACAGCCAUGGUAACGCAUAUUACUGAAUGUGAUCCCACAUCUACCAGUCCAGCUGAAGGCUGCAGACUCACUCUUCUCUCCAUCUCCAUGUCUCUGAAUCAGGCCCAGAGGAGCAGUUUCAUCAGCCUGGAGGGAAUAGAUAGUGACGACGACCAGCUGUCCUGUGCAGCCUCCAGCAGAGCGAUGAGCCCCCUGGUGGUUCCAGGAGACUUCAGUCAGCCGGCCAGUCCCUUCGGCUGUCUGGACAACUCUGCUGCCAAACACAAGCGAGGCCUGAGACUCAAAGCCAAGAGGAAACCUGCCAGUAAGCCGGAGGGGAAAACAGAGGGAGACUCCAUGGUGGAUGAGAUGCUGAACACAACUGUAACAGAUGCUGCGGAGGAGGAGCAAGAAGAACAGAUGUCAGAAGCUCUAAGUUUUGAUGAGCUGAAACCAAAAGUGGAGAAGGAGGAGGAGGAGGAAGAGGAAGAAGGAGAAGGAGACAUGGAGGAGGAGAAAGAACGAUCACAGCAUUCCAGACAAUCUCUGUUAAGAUAUAAGGAGGAGAUGGAGGAUGAGUCGGAGGCAGAACAGGAUGUUUCUCACAGCCUGGACAUUUCCUCUCCUCAUGAGCCAAGUCUGUCAGAGGAGGAAGCCCCCGACGCCCAGCCCCCGCCCUCCUCGGAGCCCAGCUCCAGAGCCUCCUCUCUGGACAGUCCCAGAGCUACACCAGAGCCCCCUGCUGGCCCAAGAGAGUAUUUACUGGACCCUCCGGGUGUUGCCUACGGAGCAGAGAAGAGCAAGGUUGAAAGUGAGUUGGCACUGAGAGUAGAUGAAGUUCAGAAAAACGAGGAGGAGGAAGAGGAGGAGGGCUCAUUCCUACAGGAGGUACUGAGCUCCCUGAAAACUCCCCUCACGUCCUGCUCACUGAGGUUAGAUACAGAAGACGACGUCAUAGAGAUGAAAGAGGAGACAAAUGAAAAGGAAAAAGAAUUUGAAGAGAUGGAAGAUGCGGAGAAGGUAGAGGAAGAGGAGGCAGAAGAGGAUGAGCCUGUCGGUUAUCAGGCUGCUCCCUCUCUAAUGUUGGAUCACACCACCGAGAAAAAGGAAGAAGUUUCUGUUCUCUCCAUUGAAGAAGAAGUUGCUCCUGUUGAGGAAGAGGCAGAAAAGGAUGAAGAAGAAGACGCAGCAGCAGCAGCAGCAGCAGCAGAAGCAGCAGAAGAGGAAGAAGAAGAACUGGUUGUGGAACUCUUCGUUCAACAUAGUCAGGAAGAAGAAGCAGCAGCAGCAGAGAACGAGGAUGUGGGGGAAGUUGAACCUGAGGAGGAAAAUGAUGUGCUCUCUAGAAAAUCUGAAAUCCACGCUCAGCAAGAAAGACAAGAAGAAGAGACUAAGAGAGAGGAGGAGGUGAUGGAGCUGGAGAAAGAGCCACAGGUGGAUGAUGAGGGAUGGGUGAAGAGAGAAGAGGAAGAGGAGGAGGUGAAGGAAGCGAGUACAAGAGUGGAGGAGGCAGAGGAAGCAAUUGAAGAGGAGAGCGAGGAAGCAGAGGAGAUGAUGGAGGAAUUCCCUGAUGCAGCAGAUGAAGAGGUUGGGAUCACUAUGUCACUGCAGGAGAGAGAUGAAGGUGUAUCCGCUGUGGUCAGAGAUGACACCACUGAAAACACAAGUGAUAAUGAAACCCUGACAGAGCUUGGUGAUCAAGUAGUUGACAAAGUGCAGGAGGGGGAAGAAAACUCUGAGAUAGUUGUGGAAGUGGAAGAGAUCGAGCUCUCAGAAGAAAAAUCUGACCGAGAGGACGACGUGGAAACAAAACAUCCUGAUGUGGAUGAAACUGAAGAAGAAAACACAGAGGAAUUAUCCAGUGUAGACACGAAACAGGAGGAUCAAACUGAAGCCACAGCCACUGUCCCUGCUCACCCUUCUUCUUUGUCUCUUGAGGACUUACCUUAUCACACUCAAUCAGAAGAGAGGGGGCCUGUCUCUCCCAGUAAAACCAGCAUGAUCCACAUAAAUCUAAUCUCUCCCAGCUCAGAGAAAGCCCCAUCGUUCUUCCAGCAGUCUCCAACUGCUGCAGAUAUUAACGACGACAUCACUGAGCCUCCUUCUCAUCUCGCAGCAGCCACAGAAAAAGAAGAGCAAGCUGACACCGUGGAGGAAGUAGAGGAAGAAAAACAGUCCACCCUGGAAGAAAAAGUAGAAGGAGAAGCUAUACCUGCUGCAUCUGUGGAGGAAACAGCCAACCAGCCGUCCAGUGUUUCCGAUCAGAGUAAAGUCCGCUUCACCAUCACGCCCGCCUGGCAGAGAUCUCAGAGUUUGACUCCUCCUUCCUCUCCGCCCGCCGUCAGCUCCUCUUCGACGUCUGCUGUCCCAGGACACGGAGGAGAGGAAGUUGAAACUGCAGUGAAGAAGGAUCCAGAUGUGAAAGCAGAGCCGGCGAGUUCGCCCAAGGUGGACCUGGUGCUGAGUCCAGGCAGAGUGAGGAACGCUGGGAGCACCGCCGUCAAACCGCAGAGCAACACACCAGCUUCUCCAUCCUGCAUUAAACCUCAGGCCUCAGCUGCUGCGAGCACAGAAGAAAGCUCUGUCGUAGCAGAGGGAAACCCUGACAAUCCCUUCGGAGUCCGGCUGAGGAAGACGUCCACUCUUCACCUCUUCAGCUCAGAGGACGAAAACACAGAGUCUCCCACCGAGUCUCCAAUUCAGCCAACCAGCUGUAAAGCUGAUCCUCCACAGCCAAUCGGUGUUAAGCCUUCCUUAAGUCAGCCAAUCAGUAGCAAGCCUGCCCUUCCUAAGAAACCAGAUGUACACGGAGACAGUGGAGUUAAAACCAAGUGCAUCUCAGACCCAGCAGCAGCAGCUCGUGGUGUUUCUGGUGGAUCUGAUUCUCCCAGCUGGAUCUCUGUGGCCAAACAGAAACAGAGGAUCUAUAAAGAAAACUCGCUGGAGGAGAUCACUGUCAAGAAGGACGAACCAGAGAGGAAGUCUUCACUGCCGAUGCACGUCAGCUCAGUGGCAAGCAGGGAGCAGAGCAACAAAACAGCUGAGUCCAGCAGCAAAGAGAUGAGUAAACCUUCAGCGACUGUAGAGAAGGAGACCAGGAGAGCGCUCUCUCCUCCAACUCCAGUGCCAGCUCAACCUUCGAAAACCCAGUCACUUCCCUGUCCAGUUCCUCCAAAGCCCCUCGUUCCACCUGCCGCAGCCAAACCUCCAGCCCAACCCACCCCAGCCCACAGACCUUCUCUGGCUCCUGUUCCCCACAAAUCCCCCUCUUGCACAAGCCCGCCAUCUCUCUCCAAACCUGCCACCUUCUCACCUUCCUCCAAGGCACCCCAGCCCCAGAGUACGACAGUCCCCUCCACUCCUUUUUCAUCAAGAACCGCUCCAGAAAAGUCUGCUUCAAGAGUUGCAGGUCUCCCUGGACAGAACCCGUCCUCCCAGCGAGGCUUGUCCCCCGCUGCUUUGCCCCAGGACGAGCCCCCGUGGAUGGCGCUGGCUAAGAAAAAGGCCAAAGCCUGGAGUGAAAUGCCGCAGAUCGUCCAGUGACGGAGCAGGUUUAACUAAGUAUGUGUACUUGGGGUCUUAACUGGCUCGAAUAGAGACCAGGACCUGAAAGAGGGUUGAGGUGGACCGAGAGUCUGGAUGGACCAGAAUGCGUUUGCACACACAGAUUUGUUGUUUUUUAUUUUGUUAAACUCCUUGGGUCAGAUUUCCGAUUGGCACAGACCCUCCAAUCCCACAGCUAACGACAGGCUUUGUUUACCCUCCUCUCUCUUUACGUCUGUAUUCUUGUGGAGACAUUUUCUACAGGACAGGGUAGGACUCUGAAAGUAACUGCGUCUUACUUGAAUUGGAUCCAUAUUUUUGGUUAGCAUUCUUAGAGAGAGGAGAGGAAAUAUAUGAGGGAAGGAAAGUAGGAGAAAAAGUAAGUAAGUAAGAGAGAGAAAGAAAGAAAGAUGACAUUUUAUCCACAGGAGGAAAACACAAAGUAAUAUUGGGGUUUAUUCAUUAAUUCUGUCUUAAGGACUGGACAGGAUGAUGUUUUUCUGUCUCAGUGGGUGUUUGUGUGUGUGUCUGUGCGUGUGUGUGUGAUUUUAAAGCAGAUACAUUUUGAGGAAUGUGGAAAAUAUACUUGGCCUCAGAGUGCUAUGAGAUAACAUCCAAGUUAAGCUGUAGAGAAAUGUGCUGAACUAACAGCGGCUGGUCAUGAGUUUAAAAUCUGCAGAGCCUCAGUUUCCUGUGUUUCAGGUUUUUUAGACAAAUAUAUUUCUUAUAACAUCAACCACAGAUACUAAACAAGUCAUGUUUGCUGUGUUAGUGAGCGCGUGUGUGUGCGACAUGUUUCAGGUUGUCAAUGUAAAUUAUAUUAUUCAUUUUCUCUUUUGAUAUUUUUAACACAUAACAACAGGUUAUCUGUCAGCAUCCUGCAGAAAUCUAAAAAUCUCCAAAACUUUGGCUGUUCAGGAACUCUCAGAAAAUCCACUAUUACUCUGACCUGUGUGUCUUUUUACUAUUUUUACUGAAUCAUCAUGUUGGCAGCGUGGUGUUUUUUUAUAAGAAGUUUUCCUUUCACAAAUAUAAGCAUGUAAAUAAAUUGGAGACUGGUUUCCUGCAGGAUGCAAAUCAUCACUAAAGUGAAUGUCACGGCUGAUCGUUUCCUUUGUAUGAAUUAAAGCUAUGUAUCACACAGUAACUAUAUGUGUUUUAUGCAUUCUAUUUUGUAUUGCCUUUUGAGGACUUGUCUUGUACAUAAAAUGUGCAGUAAAGAACAAAUGAAAACA